AUUAGAUAUACAGAGUACAAAUCUGAUCUUCCAAUUUCUCUUUCAUGGAGAACAGGUGGAAGAUGUUUUCAUUCUAAAAAGUUAGGACUCUCUCUCUCUCUCUCUCUCUCUCUCUCUCUCUCUCUCUCUCUCUCUCUCUCGUUUCAUCAACCAUUCUUCUUAUUCUUGUUCUUUUACAUGUUCAUAUUUUUCUUCCAAAAAAUGCAAUUAUUCCCAGGAAAAUAAUCCAACAUCACUGAUCACUUUUUUUCCGAAUAAUCCACAAAACGAUCGAGACUAAUUAUAAUCAGACUUCUACUUCUCUCCCGGAAACCCAAUCAUUCUUUUCAUAAUUCUUUUUUUGUUGGUUUGGGAUUUGCCAAUUUUGUCACUGUGUAUAGAUAUCAUAUAUAAACACACACACACAUACACGCGCAUCAUUCAUACAUAUAUAUUAUGUGCAGCGUCUUUGAGUCUUUAGACAUGGACAACUUCCAAGGAGACUUAACAGACGUAGUACGAGGAGUCGGAUCAUCAGGACUCAUGUCAUCCUCUCCGGGGCCACCGGAAGGUCCAUCUCCGAGCAGUUCGUCUCCGCCGCCAAUUUCAGAUCUCCACGUGGAUUUCCCCACCGUCGCCAGCUGCCAGACAAAUCCCUUUGGCGACCCGUUCGUAAGCAUGACAGAUCCUCUCCUCCACCUCACGGCCAACUCCGGCUACUUCUCCGGCGACGGAAAUAACAAAAGUAACAACAGUUUUGCAGUCUUUCCAAAGACUUUUGAGGAUGAUCAUAUCAAGAAUCAAUGCAGUGACUUCCCAAGAAUUCGGAUCUCGCAAAGAAACAUCAUCCACGACGCCUCCACGUGUAAUUCUCCGGCCGUCGCAGUAGCUUCCCCUUGGGGGAUGAUCAACGUUGAUACCACUAACAGUCCAAGAAACGGUUUAUUGGUCGAUAAUAAUAACAAGUCAUCUUCUGCACAGAUUCAGAUCUCUUCUUCUCCAAGGAAUCUUGGCAUAAAGAGGAGGAAGAGCCAGGUAAAGAAAGUAGUCUGCAUACCGGCUCCAGCCGCCAUGAACAGCCGGUCCAGUGGGGAAGUUGUUCCGUCUGAUCUAUGGGCUUGGCGAAAAUACGGUCAAAAACCCAUCAAGGGUUCCCCUUAUCCCAGGGGUUACUACAGAUGUAGCAGCUCGAAAGGUUGCUCAGCUAGGAAACAAGUGGAACGUAGCCGCACCGAUCCAAACAUGUUAGUCAUUACUUACACAUCUGAGCAUAACCAUCCUUGGCCCACUCAGCGGAACGCUCUCGCCGGCUCCACUCGUUCCUCUUCAUCCUCAUCUUCAAACCCUUCUUCCAAACCCUCAAUCGCAACCGCAACUACUUCUGCCUCGUCUAGAGUCCUCCAAAACAAAGACGAAUCCACUAAGUGCCACUCGCCUUCCUCCUCCACUCCUCAUGCGGCCGCCGCGGUUAAGGAAGAGGACCUGGAUGAGCGUCAAGACAAGAUGGAGUUCAAUUAUGACGUUGACGAUACCUAUAGGCCGGAGUUUCAACAUCAGCCGGAGGACUUCUUCGCCGAUCUCGACGAGCUUGAGGAUGAUUCACUGACUAUGCUGCUCUCUCAAGGAUUCUCCGGGGAUAGCAACCUGGAGAACAAAACGAAUAUUCCGGAUGUUUUUAGCGAUUUCUUUGACGACGACGACUCAAGGUCGUUAUAAAUAUUCUGAUAUAUAAAAUACAUAGAAAUUAAAUUAUUUAUGUAUAUCCGGUUGACUUAAGUGACGGCAUUAGCCCUAGCGUAUUUCACCGGCGUCUGUAGUUGAUGAGGGUAAGCUCGUCAUUUAAGAUACAUUUUUUAUUUUAAUGGGAUCUAUUCUGUAAUUAAAAAACAAAAUUAGAUGAUUAAAACUAUGUUUGAC